AUGGCAGGGACCGAGAUCUCUGUGCCUCCGGAGCAGUUCACCAAAAGCAAAGAACCAGGGUUGAUAACAGAAAAAGCCCUGGAGGAGGAAGAAGAAGGGGUGUGCAGAGCGAGGGAACACCCAAGCUCUGAAGAGUUAGAGGCCGAGAGCACCCACGGGGCCCUCCAGGCCAAGAUCCCAGGGGACGAGCUGGAGCUCCUGCUGGCCAUCCCGGAGGAGGGCGAGAAGCACAUCCUGACCCUGCAGAUGGUGCACUUGACCUCCGAAGAUGCAGAGCUGCAGAACCUGGCACCACAGCACCAGGAAGAGGUGCAGGGGACGGUGCAGCAGGCUGGUAGUGGGCUGCAGUCACUGGUGUGGCUUGGGGAGGGGUCCCAGCAGAGCCCGCACCAGUGUGUCACCAUUAGCAUCCAGGAGGAGGUGUACCUGCUGCAGGAGGUGGAGGUGAUGCAGUUUCAUGUUCUGGAGGAGAAUGUGACCGGGGCCAGUGAAGACAGUAAGUGUGCAGUGAGCCUGGCAGAAAGCUCUGGAUCUAGAAAGGAAGAGGAACGGCUGCUGGCUGAAGGUGGAUCCAGUGAAGAAACAGAAGGGCAGUUUCUUCUUCUGGAAGUGAGACCAGGAGAUGAAGGAAGAGUUGAAAUUGUUCUGACAAUUUCACCCUUAAAUAUUGAGAAACCUGCGCUGGGUCAAGCACGUGUUGAAGAAGCCAACGCUACAGAAAGUCAAAAAAAGACAAAGGAAGGAAAACGAACCUUCCACUGUGACAUCUGCACGUUCACCUCUUCUAGAAUUUCGAGUUUGAAUCGUCAUAUGAAAACUCACACCAAUGAAAAGCCUUAUACGUGUCACCUUUGCCUGAAAGCUUUCCGUACUGUUACUGUCCUUCGGAAUCAUAUCAACACCCAUACAGGAACCAGGCCCUACAAGUGUGGUGACUGUGACAUGGCAUUUGUCACCAGUGGAGAACGUGCCCGACACAGACGUUAUAAACACACUCACGAGAAGCCCUUUAAAUGUUCCAUGUGCAAGUACGCUAGCGUAGAGGCAAGUAAGUUGAAGCGCCACAUCCGUUCGCACACGGGCGAGCGCCCCUUUCAGUGCCAUCUCUGCAGCUACGCCGGCAAAGACGCCUGCAAGGUGAAACGGCACAUGAGGACGCAUUCCGGUGAGAGGCCCUACGAAUGCCACAUCUGCCACGCACGCUUCACCCAGAGCGGGACCAUGAAGAUACACGUCCUGCAGAAGCAUGGCGAGAACGUCCCCAAGUACCAGUGCCCGCAUUGUGACACCGUCACUGCAAGGAAGAGCGACCUGCGUGUCCAUUUGCUCAAGCUGCAUACGUACGAAGCUGCAGAGAUGAAGUGCCGCUACUGUUCUGCUGUCUUCCACGAGCGCUAUGCUCUCAUUCAGCACCAGAAAACUCACAAAAACGAGAAGAGGUUCAAGUGUGAACACUGCAACUACGCCUGCAAGCAGGAACGUCAUAUGACAGUUCACAUACGUACCCACACUGGAGAGAAGCCGUUUGCCUGCCUCUCCUGCAAUAGACGUUUCCCACAGAAGCAACUUUUAAACGUGCACUUCAAGAAAUACCAUGAUACAACUUUCGUCCCGACUGUUUACAAAUGCCCCAGGUGUGGCAAAGGCUUUACCCGCUUGAAUAACAUGCAGAGACACUUGAAAAAGUGUGGCUCCAGGCAAGAGAAGCCAACCACCUCGGAAAAAGGAAGACGAACAAAAAUGAGGAAGCCGACCAACCCGAAAGAGACAGCCAAGGAAGACGAAGCCGCUGCUGAGGAGGCCUCCCUGGUGAGCGGAGAGCAGUACCCGGGGGGGCUGGUUCCCAUCGACUUCGGAGAAGCCAUGGCUGGAGGCGAGGACCCGGAUGAAGACAUGACCUGUGAGGUGAUCCUGGCCAUGAUGGAGAACUGAAGGGGAGUCCAGGUUCGGUGUGACAACGUGUCGUUCUUAACGCGCGUUACGAGGGUUUAGCACUGUCUUUGAAACAAUUAAAUUCAUGACAACGGAUGGUCACAGUUUUUCCAGAGCUUGUGGUAGUGCCUAGAAUUGUUUGCGUAUUUUCAGUUGGGUAUUUCAGAAACACUGCAGGUAUUUGAUAAAGGGCCCCAAUCCUGAAUUGGAGGAUGAAACCUCAGACCUAUGAAUUCAUUCACUUGAUACUGGCAGGGUGACCCCCAAUGAAUGAGCAGUGAUUUUUGGAUAAUAGUCAUUUCCAUGAUGACGUAGACUACUUAGUGCUUCACCAGACAGGCGAAGCUGGGGAGCUACAGGUUGGAUUGUACACACCCGUGAUAUUUCUGAUAUUACGCGUUUUAAACAUAAAAGACUAAUUUUAUGUCCUUUUUUAUACAAAUGAGUUAUCCAUAAAAUUUAAAGCUACCAUAAUACUUUUAAUUAGUUCUAAAUUCAAUGCAAAGGAUCCUAAUGGUAUUUUUAAAAACUGAGUAGAAAAAGAGAAACCUCACAUUAGACUGGAAAGGGAUGAGCAAUUGUUUUUACUGGGGCAGAUCAGCAGGGCUCGCUUAAUUUUCUUCGGCAGGUGUGAAGUCCCCCCAUUACAUUCCGUUAUAGCUUAUUAGUAUAUCAGUUUGUCACCCUUCUGUUUUGCUAAAACGCCUUUGUUUAUAUUUUUUAAAUAAUUGGCCGAGUGAGAAGAAACAGAAAAAUCUGAUAAUGAAAAUGUGUACUUGCAGAGAACUGGUACUUUUUUAGAGCACCUAUAAUGAGUAUUUUUUGGCCACGCCAAAGAGGUUUUCCCACAUUCGAGCAGCACAUGAAAUGCCUCUUUAGUACUUAGAAUUAACUAGUAUUUAUCUUUAUACUGAGUCGUAUUUUUCUUCUUUUUUUAGCUCAGCAGCUGCUUUUGCUGGGAACUCCCCUCCACCCCAUAUUUUAAAAUCACUGAUAGGUCCUAAGUUCAAAUUCUUUUUUUUUUCAGCUUUAUUGCGAUAUAAUUGACAAAUAAAACUGUAACGUGUAUCUUGUGAUGAUUUGAUAUACAAUUUGAUGUAUGUAUGCAUUGUGAAAGAAUUUCUCCCAUCUAGUUGACUAAAUUCAGAUUCUUCAAAUGCUGAUCUGGUGUGAAAAUACCCCAAGUUCAGAAGCCCCAUGUCAGGUGAACAUAUGGAAGCAAUUUCCCAGCAGGAAAGGCAGUAUAUUCAUUUUAUGACAGUGAAUUAAUUGAAAUCACAUAAUAAGACUAACCCCAUGGUCUGUUGUAUGCUAUAAU